UUCGCCCAGCACCAACGUCGCGCUUUGUUUCGCUAACUUUUCUCGCCCGCAAUUUGCAUUGCAAAUGCAGAUAUGCAGGCAAAAUGUUAUUGAGCGAAAAAAGACAGGUGCAUUUACGAUAGUUACGGAUUUCGGUCGGUAUAGUCGACAGUGCUAGUGCAUCGCGGAGCCGAGAACUUACGGAGAGGUUCAACCCAGACCACGUGGUCUGUUCCAGGCGAAGGACCAAUAGAAUUGAAACUUAAAGUUCUGAUCAGAAUCUCACUGCAAAGUUUUAACUUAACGCCAGAAAAUGGGCUGGGACUGGGAUUGGGCAAUCGGAGGUAUCACUGAUGAGAUUCCAAGGACGACGGGGCCAGAGUGCAUCAAUUACAUGACAGAUAGGCGAAGAUGGAUAGAAACGAUUCUGCUGUCUGCCCUAUUCAUCUACAUCAUGCGCCGCUCGUGGCAGAGACUUGCCCCGAUAAAGUUGCCACCACUCCACGAGAUCCAGAAGCCGCACAGCCCCACGAGACUGCUUCUAUUAAUCGCCAUGUCCGUUAUUUUCGGCAUUGAAAUGGGCUUUAAGCUUUCAGGCCAAUCGAUGAUUUUCGCCCUGAAUCCCUGCCAUGUGCAAACGUGUUUGCAGAUUUAUCUCCUGGCUGCAAAGCCCACCAAGACGACGACGGCGCUGUUUCGAAUACAAAUGAGUAACCUGAAUGGACCUUUUCUUGCCUUCGUCUUCCCGGAAGUGGAAGGCCGUACCUAUCCCUUUGAGCAGGCAACUUACUGGAUUCAGCAUGCACUCCUCUAUAUCAUUCCGAUCUACAUUAUCCGAAGCGGCGCCUACACUGUCGAGGAUUUGGGUGAAUUUCAUUGGUCCCACAUAGGAACAGCCUUCAUGCUGUUCUACCACUUCGUCCUUCUAUCCCCGCUCUCAAUUUUCACGGGAAUUAAUCUGGACCACAUGCUUUGCGCGGCAAUGUCAGAUCCAUUCCAGGGUCCUAAUUACCGGCUGUUCGCCUGUUGCCACCAGACAUUGCUCUGUCCACUGCUAAGCAAGGGCACAGUGCUCCUUUUCGGACGUGGCAGUCGUAACAGCGCCGCCCUUAAUGGAUCAGGCGGUAUGACGGAAGCAGGGAACGAAGUGCCUCAAUAUCACCAGCUCUCUGCGCCAGACUACGCCACUCAAAAAGAGGCUACGGAGGCCCUAAUCCGGCACCGGUACAACACCCAGGCGACAGCAGCGGCAGGAGGAGUUCAUCAACAUGACGUGGGCGACAUUGCGGCCAUGUCGGCGGAGUAUACAAUGCCCACAACUAAGAUAGACUAGUAUAGGGCCAGCCAGAGGGUUCUGGAAUGCAUACAGCGUCUAUUAUGCCUGUCAAUUUACGAAAUGCGUUUAGUUACACAUGGGACUAUGUUUUAUAGCUAGUUCCAAAGCCCAACAUUAGUAAAAUAUAAUAUAUUUCAUAUGAUUUUUGAAAGGUGAAUGUCUUUCGCCAAGGACAUGUACAUAAUAACAAUUAAGGCUAAUUUGUAUGCUCAUCGAGGUUAUACUUCUAUCUGAAACUUAUACGCGUUCUUAAAGUUACAUAUUUUAUGUAUCGAAUUGUUCGAUGGAAACCUGUGACUUACUAUUGUGUCAUGUCAAAAGUUAUAAAACAGCAAUAAAUAACAAUAGUGUACAUUUCAAUAGUUGUAAGACAAUAGUGAUCAAAUAAUAAAUUAUCAAAUUCAAA